AUGUCUUGCAAGAACACAGACCGAAUCCCACCUGAUCUGUCAGACGCCUGGCCUAGGGCUAGACCGUCCCCUCCUCGUCGUUCGUCGUCCCUGCACAAAGUCGUAAUCGCCAAACUUCGGCCGCUGCCAUUCCAGUACCUUUGGUCGGUUUGGCAUUCCAAGCCGGACGACAAAGGUCAGUACAUAGUGAAAACACUGGUCGAGAAUGUCGGCGAUAUUGGAGCAUUCUACAGAAUCUUCAACAACGUGCCGUGGAAUGAGAUCAAGCAGAAGGACAGUAUCCAUAUCUUCCGCUCCGGAGUGAGGCCGCUGUGGGAAGACGCCGAGAAUCAAGGGGGUGGGCGUUGGCUGAUUCGGGUCCGUCCCGAGAGUGAUCGAGCCGUAAGAGUCUGGGAAGAGAUUUGUAUCCUCUGCUGUGGUGGAGAGUUGCAGGCCGCCAUCGCGCAAGGUUUGUGGAUACACUCCAAUGGCCCCAUCAGAACGCUCUAA